CGAAAAAAUCAUAAAUCCGCUAAUUAAUUAAAAAUCGUAUAUACCUACGUCAGUGAGUGGUGGGUUUGCAGCGAGACUUCCUGCGUGACGAUAUCCAAUGACGGCCAUGACUUUUAGGUGCAAUCUCGUUGACUAGUAUCAACAGUAUCGAAGUAAUUCAACCCUAGACGUAGUAUAGCUAGUCUCCGCCCACUUAUAUAAUAUACACACCUGAGACAAGUUUGCAUUGAUAAUCUUAAGCGAGUGCUAUUAUUUUUCUCACAUACGUCUGACAACCGUGCGACGACGAAAGUCAUAAUAAUAUUAUCGCGAAUGUCGCGCACCACUACAGCUCUAUAUUUAGGAGACGUUAAACUUUUUUUUUUUUAUCCAAACAGCUCAGUGCUGCAGCAGUAUUUGUGUAUCGUCGAGAGUUUCCGAUACUGCAGUAUCACCUAUAGCCCCAUCACAGCUAUAUUAAAAUUCUCGAUAGUUGAUAUUGUAUUUUUCAUCUACACUUAUUAUUGUUCGACGCAUCCAUCGGCGUUUUUUAUCACCAGUCCAAAAGUAGUCGUAUCGGGCAGGACUAAAUUUCUCUGCAGUAGGUUCGAUUUUAUCAUCCCUGCGGAGCGGGACAUAAUAUAGUGCGUUGAGAACCGAUAAAUCGUAUUAUAUUCAUCAAAUAGAGAUCGUCGACAUGUCGACCACGAUCGUUAUCGGACUGCUCGUGCUAUUGCAGUUGGCCUCUCUAUCGUCGUCCGACGGACAAGGCGGAUGGAUUUCCGAAGUGGCUAUCACUGACAGUCUACGGGGACCGUGGAUAUCCGAGCUUUUUCACCAGGCACUAAGCAAUUUCACCAUUCGACAAGUCGGAAGCUUCGCUUGCCGGACCCAAUCCGACAUGUACGACAGACAUCUGAAGAACCACACCAGUUGGGCUGUCAGAAUGGCGGAAUCCUGGGACCGAUAUCCAACCGGCAUACUGGCUGGCAACCGGUACCACAUGGGAAUUUACGACGAAUGUGUGGACGUGCGCCAUCCGGUGAUAGGACAGUAUUGCUUGUCCGAAAUAAAACUAAUCCCACCAACGGGCAAAAAUUACAGUUUCAACAGAACGGAGAAUCUAGAUGAUUUCGGGAACAAAGAUGCGUGGAAAACCGUACUCGGAUGGGGCGAUUAUCCGGAUCAAGUGCAACGAAAUAGUUUGAGUUUAGGAAUAUGUAUUCCGGAUUCUUGUACGGCAUUCGACUUGCAAACGUCACUGCAAAACAAACUGAACUCGGCAUUUGAUCCAAAGGAGUUGAUGGCCGUCGUCAAAGUAGAUCCAAUAAUGUGCACGGUCAAAGGAGACAUGUAUCACUACAAUACCGCUUACUACGUGACUAGCAUUUUCUUUUUACUUAUUGUUUUGAUUUGUCAUGUCACAACGUUACAUCAUUUUAUAAGAAUAUCUUGCUCUAAAAUGUCAAAAGGAAUCAAAAGUGAAAAUGUCAAUUCAUUUUGCAAAACAUUUUCAUUUAUUGAGUCAGGCAAAACAUUGUCAAAAUUCGAUAAGGACAACGAAUUAAAUGCACUGUAUGGUUUUAAAUUUCUAACGAUGAUGGUCGUUUUGUUGGGUCACCGAUUGUUUUAUGUAAUAGGAAAUCCUAUGAAUAACCCUAAAUACAUAGAAAAUAUGUAUCUCAACGGACCUAAUAUAAUAUUGACUAGUACGAACAUAGUCGAUCCAUUUUUUUUCAUAAGCGGUUUCCUCAUGCACCUGAAUGUUUCUAGGUCAAUUCAAAAAGCAAAGGGUUUGAGUCAAUCAGCUUUGAAAAAAAUUACAUCACCAAUUAUCCACCGAGUAAUGAGAAUAUUACCGGCGUAUUGCGCAAUGAUGGCGAUCACAGCACACAUCGUACCCCACCUAGGAGACGGACCACUGUGGCCACAGAAAAUAUGGGACGAAGCCGAAAUAUGCAAAAACUAUUGGUGGACCAAUUUGUUGUUCAUAAGCAACUUAAUCGACGUCAAGUAUGCAUGCCUCAUAGUAAGCUGGUACGUAUCAUGUGACGUUCAGUUUUUCGUAAUUGGAGUCAUAAUUGUUUACGUUUACACGAAGAACACCAAAUACGGGAUUGGAUUACUCGGGACAAUACUGGGUUUGUGUGUAUGCGUGCCGUUUGUAGUGACUAUUUUGUCAAGAACAGACGGAAUACACAAAAUGCAGAUUCCAUAUUUAGAAAACUUAAGAAUUUUCAUAUCGUUAAAUAAAACGUAUAGAUUGAGUUACAUGCGAGCCACGCCUUUUUUCUUCGGUUUAGCCAUGAGCUUCAUCGUGGAAAAGUUGAAGCAAAAUAAAGUUCAAUUUUCACAAAUGACAGUUUACAUUGGAACAUUAGUUGCUAUUACAAUUGGCAUUUCUGCUCAACUUUACGGUGGCAAAUUCUACAAUCGACAGUUACCUUAUUAUCCUUUGGAACAUGCUUUAUAUUCCAUCGUUUGUCAUAGCACGUGGACACUUCCAAGCAUGUGGAUUUUAAUUUGCUUGUUCACUUCUGGAUAUGGUCCCCUUUUAAAGUUAUUUAAUAACAGAAUUACUGUGACUUUGGGGAGACUUUCAUACUCAGUGUUCAUGGUGAACGUCACAGUCAUGAUGAUAUCUCAAAGUUCCCAGAGAUUACCCAUUUACCUUUCACUAAAAUCUGUGGUCGAUGCUUGGAUAUAUGAUACGUUUAAGAGUUAUGUGAUGGGCUUGGCGUUAUACUUGGUUAUCGAAGCACCGUUUGCUAAAUUGGUUAAACCAUGGGUUUAACAAGGGGUAAAUACUAUUGUUGUAUUAUGUUGGAAAAAAUUAGUUUUGCUGUUAACUCAAAUAUUUUCAAUUAUUAAAAUGUUUAAUAGUUACUAUUGUAGAGAUGAGUUCUUGAACAGAGAAACACUCCUUAUCAUACAUCACCUGAAAGUCAUACCAUCGUAUUACAACUUUUGUACUAGAUGUAUAAAAAAUAAUUUAUAAUUUUAUACAUUCUCUUAUUACUGUCUUAUACCUAUUUAUUUUUUAUUUUUAAUUAUUUAAUUUUAUGUAUGGCACACAUAUAAUUUGAAUUACAAGAAAAAUGUAAAAACUAUUGCAAUCACACUUUGUUGCACAGAUUAUAUUGUAAGACAUUAAGCUCAAUAAUUUAUUAUAAUAUUUGUAAGUAUCAUUCAUGUUGUAAAUUUAUAAUAAAAUAUAUA